UUUUGUGACUGGCUUUUUUCACUCUGCAUAACAUUUUCCAGGUUCAUCCAUAUUGUAGCCUAAAUCACUACUUCAUUCCUUCCUAUGGCUUAAAAAUCUGUCAUUGUGCCGACAUACCAUCCCAGGGUGUCAUACUAAAAGAUGAUUGAUUUGGAACGUCUGAGGGUGAGGUGGUGCUAGGAGAGUCGGGUGUCAUUGUCAGCAGGGGAGGAAGACAUGGGCUUGGGGCUCGAGACGGAGUCAGGGGCAGACUUUCAGUCUUGGGAAUUGUGAAAAUUAGAAGUCACAUUUAAAGACGAGAGAGCAAAUGUGAUCUCCAAGUUGAAACGCAUACUCCAUAGGUGGCUGAACUGGUUGCCACCAUCUCUGUGUCCUCUGAUGGAAUUCAUGGUAAUUAUCCUUUGAGACUAAUCCAAGAUCAUUCUGAUGCAGAAAAAUCAGUGAAACCAACAUCACAUUUGAAUGAUUCAUUUUGUCAUGCUUCUAUCAGCAUGAAACUCAUUUUUAGCCUUGUCGAACCCUUUGCUCUAAAUAUUUUCUGUUGUUUUUCUUGCCCACUGAUUUUGUUGGUUGGAAAAUGAUUAAUAUUUAAAAUUAAUACAAGUUGCUUAAAUGCCUGUUAGUUGGUCCCUAAGAAAUAUUUCUUUUUCCUCUGAAUGAUUGUUGGGAAGUUGUUCCAUUCUGUCCCCUUGUUUUAAAUAUUAACUUAGGAGUUUUUAAAGUAAUUCAAAUAGAACAUACCAGCAGCUUUAAAAUUUGCUUGGUUAUCAUUUAUAAUCCUUUGUAAAGUUCAAGCAUAAUCUUUUGUAUCUCAAAUAAUAUUCCCUGGCUUCUGCACCCAGGAUGUCUAAAAUAGGUAGUAACAAUAAUAAAUUAAUUUUAAAUUUCUAGGUAUCAUCUUUAUUUAUAUUCACUUUAUUUAUAUUCACUUUAUUUUUUAAAUUGUUUUCCUUGCAGUAUAGAAGUUAAGAUUGAUGGUGAGCAUUUGGAAUUCUCAAGAUAGGUAAUUUAACCCAUGUGUUGAGGGUUUUAUAGUCCACAAUAUUCAGUUUCUGUGUAGAUGAGUUUUCAUGUUAUUUAUCUGCCAGCAUUGUGAUGUCACAUGAAGACUUGGCUGUUCUGAUGUCAGGACUUGGGUGUAAUCUUGAACAUGGUAGCUCUGUUUUAACAGAAUUGCAAUUCUGAAGCUGAAUGCUCUAGACCACGUAUAGUUACUCUGGUGUUUUGUUUUUGUUUUUUUUUCAUGUGGCCAGUAUCUUUACUCCUUUGAUCUCUGUGGCUGUUGGAGAAAGUUUGCAUAAAAAUGCAGGAGAAAGAAGAAGCCUAGAUUUUUGCUUAUCUGUGAGGUCUAAUAGGUAAACUAACCAUAAAAAACAGAAAUUUUGAGAUUAUGUGACCACAUAGUAUUCUCUAAAGAUCUGCUUUUAUUACAUUACACUGGUCUCUGUUACCAACCAGUAGGUACUCAGUCAUUAUAAUUCACUCUAACUUUGAAAUCUGUAGAUAGAAAAUGAAAACCAUCUGUUGCCUUGUGAAAUAAGGAAGAAUUCAGAACAGAUCUUAAAAGAGCAGUAACUUUUUUCUAGAUACAUAUUGUAGGUGGGAGGGGUUUUCCUGUGAGUUCAUCACAGUCUUUUUACAUAACUUACUUUUCAGUUUUCAGAAGGGGAAUGCAAGGGUCAAUUUAGUAUUUUAUCAGUGACAAGUUUCCCUAUUCGCCAUUGCCGAAGACACACAUACGGUAGUAUAGUGUUAGCCAGUUCAUUCUGCAGUGCAGGGACCUGGAUUAAUUUAUGCACCCCAGAUAAUAGCCCUGUUGACUGUGGGACUUCCGUGUGUAUGUACCGUCGCAUAUUAGAGUGCUGCUUCAGAAAGUGUAUUUCCAGCCCGAUCAGGUGACUCUAUGCACGUUCUCAUUUGCGUCUUUGGGUACCAGAGAUGGGAGAAUCGUAUUAAGCAGUGCAAAGUUGCUAGUCCUCUCUCUAGCAGAGUGGAAGUGGGCAGAAGUCAAGAUUGACACAGCAAUUUUGUGUUCCCUUGUGAUUUGCUGUCAGCAAGCUGUUACCCACACAUGCAAAAGGUUGUUUGAAGUGGGCUUACACAUGUUUCCAUAGCAGCAGUCAUCUUAGUGAUUUCUCUCAUUUUUGGACUUUUUUUUUUUUUUUCCUUUUGCUUCUCUGUUCCUCACGGAUGCAGGAUUAAACAAACAGCAUAUUUAGGUCAAGGAAAGAGAUGUUUGCUAAUAUAGAUGCUGGGCUAAGCAUUCUGGGAGAGUGAUUCCUUGCAGCAGAUGAACAUUCUUUGUGCCUUCCAGCAGCAUCUGCAGCAGGGUGGCUGUCUGGCACCAUUUUUUUCAUUUUGGGCAGGUUCUGAGAUUCCGAACAAUCCUAAGCAAAUCACAGGAGCCGGCAGUUUCCCAGUAACCACAUGUAAAUCUCCUGCUUAUUUGUUCUUUGGUAUUAACAGGGAAGCAAUCUACUGGAAAAAAUGAUACCUUAAAGAUUUUGGUGCAUCCGAGGUGUGUCAUCUGGUUUUUGCACCACCCCUCCUGUUUGACACUCGGAGCCUGGUUUUUUUUGUUUUUUUUUUGUCAGGCAGUUGGGCAGGAGCAGAUUCUAGUGCAACAGCUCGGAGCUUCCCUUCUGUUCUGGUGCCGGCAACUGCCUGUCAUGAGGAUGGUACAGUGGGAGCCUGCUCAGAAGAGCCAAGGAAGAUGAUGUCGAGAUGGAGUAGAGAUUGCUAGAAAUCUGAACAUCUACACCUUGGGGAUGGGUUGCACGACUAGUGUAAUUCUGUUUAAAGGCAUCCGCACCGUGUUUGAAAGAAACUGUGCUUAUAUGUGCAAACAGCAAGGAGAGAAUAAUGCCCUUGAAUAUACAGCAUACAAUUGGACAAAAGAAGACUCAGAAUUAUUGAUCUCCUCCUGUCUGGCAAAGCCGAAGCUGAUUGAACCACUCGACUAUGAAAAUGUCAUCGUCCAAAAGAAGACACAGAUCCUGAACGAUGGCUUAAGGGAGAUGCUGCUCUUCCCUUAUGAUGACUUCCAGACGGCCACUCUGAGACGACAGGGUCGCUACAUGUGCUCCACGGUCCCCGCAGAUGCGCAAGAGGAAGCACAGAGCUUAUUUGUUACGGAGUGCAUCAAAACCUAUAACUCUGACUGGCAUCUUGUGAACUAUAAAUAUGAAGAUUACUCGGGAGAGUUUCGACAACUUCCAAACAAAGUGGCCAAGUUGGAUAAACUUCCAGUUCACGUCUAUGAAGUCGAUGAGGAAGUUGAUAAAGAUGAGGAUGCUGCCUCCCUCGGCUCUCAGAAGGGCGGGAUCACCAAGCAUGGGUGGCUGUACAAAGGCAACAUGAACAGUGCAAUAAGCGUAACCAUGAGGUCAUUUAAAAGACGGUUUUUCCACCUGAUUCAACUUGGUGACGGAUCCUACAAUUUGAAUUUUUAUAAAGAUGAAAAGAUCUCCAAGGAACCGAAAGGAUCGAUAUUUCUGGAUUCCUGUAUGGGUGUGGUUCAGAACAACAAAGUUAGACGUUUUGCUUUUGAGCUCAAGAUGCAGGACAAAAGUAGCUACCUUUUGGCUGCAGACAGCGAAGUCGAAAUGGAAGAAUGGAUCACAACUCUCAACAAGAUUCUCCAGCUCAACUUUGAGGCUGCAAUGCAAGAAAAGCGAAACGGAGACUCUCAUGAGGAUGAUGAACAAAGCAAAUUGGAAGGUUCUGGUUCCGGUUUAGAUAGCUACCUGCCUGAACUUGCCAAGAGUACCAGAGAAGCAGAAAUCAAACUGAAAAGUGAAAGCAGAGUUAAGCUUUUUUACUUGGACCCAGAUGCCCAGAAGCUUGACUUCACAUCAGCUGAACCAGAAGUGAAGCCAUUUGAAGAGAAAUUUGGAAAAAGAAUUCUCGUCAAGUGCAAUGAUUUAUCUUUCAAUUUGCAAUGCUGUGUUGCAGAAAAUGAAGAAGGACCCACUACAAAUGUCGAGCCUUUCUUUGUCACUCUAUCCCUGUUUGACAUAAAAUACAACCGAAAGAUUUCUGCCGAUUUCCACGUGGACCUGAACCAUUUCUCCGUGAGGCAGAUGCUGGCCACCACGUCCCCAGCUCUGGUGAACGGUGGCAGGAAGAGCUCACCUGCCCUUCAGGACAUCCUUCACGAAGCUGCCAUGCAGUAUCCGAAGCAGGGAAUAUUUUCAGUCACGUGUCCUCAUCCUGAUAUAUUUCUGGUGGCUAGAAUUGAAAAAGUGCUUCAGGGGAGCAUCACACACGGUGCCGAGCCAUACAUGAAAAGUUCAGACUCUUCUAAGGUUGCUCAGAAGGUGCUGAAGAAUGCCAAGCAGGCUUGCCAAAGACUAGGACAGUACAGAAUGCCAUUUGCAUGGGCAGCAAGGACGUUGUUUAAGGAUGCAUCUGGAAACCUUGACAAAAAUGCCAGAUUCUCUGCUCUGUACAGGCAAGACAGCAAUAAGCUCUCCAAUGACGACAUGCUCAAGUUACUUGCGGACUUUCGGAAACCCGAGAAGAUGGCUAAACUCCCGGUGAUUUUGGGCAACCUAGACAUUACAAUUGAUAAUGUUUCCUCAGACUUUCCUAAUUAUGUGAAUUCAUCAUACAUUCCCAUGAAGCAAUUUGAAACCUGUAGUAAAACUCCAAUCACAUUUGAAGUGGAAGAAUUUGUGCCCUGCAUACCAAAACACACUCAGCCUUACACCAUCUACAACAACCACCUGUAUGUUUAUCCUAAGUACUUGAAAUACGACAGUCAAAAGUCUUUUGCCAAGGCCAGAAAUAUUGCUAUUUGCAUUGAAUUCAAAGAUUCAGAUGAGGAAGACUCUCAGCCUCUGAAGUGCAUUUACGGCAGGCCCGGUGGGCCAGUGUUUACAAGAAGCGCCUUUGCUGCGGUUUUACACCAUCACCAAAACCCAGAAUUUUAUGAUGAGAUUAAAAUAGAACUGCCCACCCAGCUACACGAAAAGCACCACUUGUUGUUCACGUUUUUCCAUGUCAGCUGCGAUAAUUCUAGUAAAGGGAGCACAAAGAAGAAGGAUGUUGUUGAAACACAAGUUGGAUAUUCCUGGCUUCCUCUGCUGAAGGAUGGAAGGGUAGUGACUAGUGAACAGCAUGUUCCUGUCGCAGCCAAUCUCCCCUCUGGCUACCUUGGCUACCAGGAGCUCGGAAUGGGCAGGCAUUAUGGUCCAGAAAUUAAAUGGGUAGACGGAAGCAAGCCACUGCUGAAAGUUUCAACUCAUCUGGUUUCCACCGUGUAUACUCAGGAUCAGCAUUUACAUAAUUUUUUCCAGUACUGUCAGAAAACCGAAUCUGGAGCCCAGGCCUUAGGGAGUGAACUUGUAAAAUACCUUAAGAGCUUGCAUGCAAUGGAAGGCCACGUGAUGAUCGCCUUCUUGCCCACCAUCCUGAACCAGCUAUUCCGCGUCCUCACCAGAGCGACCCAGGAGGAAGUUGCUGUCAACGUGACACGGGUCAUUAUUCAUGUGGUUGCCCAGUGCCAUGAGGAAGGAUUGGAGAGCCACUUGAGGUCAUAUGUUAAGUAUGCGUACAAGGCUGAGCCGUACGUUGCUUCCGAAUACAAGACAGUGCACGAAGAACUGACAAAAGCCAUGACCACAAUUCUCAAGCCUUCUGCCGACUUCCUCACCAGCAACAAACUACUUAAGUAUUCAUGGUUUUUCUUUGACGUUUUGAUAAAAUCCAUGGCUCAGCAUUUGAUAGAGAACUCCAAAGUUAAGUUAUUGCGAAACCAGAGGUUCCCCGCAUCUUAUCACCAUGCUGUGGAAACUGUUGUGAAUAUGCUGACGCCACACAUCACUCAGAAGUUUCGAGAUAACCCAGAGGCAUCUAAACAUGCAAACCACAGUCUUGCUGUGUUCAUCAAGAGAUGUUUCACCUUCAUGGACAGGGGCUUCGUCUUUAAACAGAUCAACAACUACAUCAGCUGCUUUGCUCCUGGAGACCCGAAGACUCUCUUUGAAUACAAGUUUGAAUUUCUCCGUGUGGUGUGCAAUCACGAACACUAUAUACCUUUGAAUCUCCCCAUGCCAUUCGGAAAAGGCAGGAUCCAAAGAUACCAAGAUCUCCAGCUUGACUACUCAUUAACAGACGAGUUCUGUAGAAACCACUUCUUGGUGGGGCUGUUGCUGAGGGAGGUGGGGACCGCCCUCCAAGAGUUUAGGGAGGUCCGACUGAUUGCCAUCAGCGUGCUCAAGAACCUGCUGAUAAAGCAUUCUUUUGAUGACAGAUAUGCUUCGAGGAGCCAUCAAGCAAGGAUAGCCACUCUCUACCUGCCUCUGUUUGGUCUGCUAAUCGAGAACGUGCAGCGGAUCAACGUGAGGGAUGUGUCACCCUUCCCCGUGAACCCCGGCAGUACUGUGAAGGAGGAAUCGCUUCCGCUGCCAGCUGCGAACCCGCUGGUGACUCCGCAGAAGCCUGGGAUCGCUCUGGACAACAGCCUGCACAAGGACCUGUUUGGCGCCAUCUCUGGCAUCGCUUCUCCAUAUACGACGUCAACUCCAAACAUCAAUAGUGUGAGAAAUGCUGAUUCGAGAGGAUCCCUCAUAAGCACAGAUUCGGGGAACAGCCUUCCAGAAAGGAAUAGUGAGAAAAGCAAUUCCCUGGAUAAGCACCAGCAAGGUGGCGCUUUGGGAAAUUCUGUGGUUCGCUGUGACAAACUUGACCAGUCUGAGAUUAAGAGCCUGCUGAUGUGUUUCCUCUACAUCUUAAAAAGCAUGUCUGAUGAUGCUUUGUUUACGUAUUGGAACAAGGCUUCAACAUCUGAACUUAUGGAUUUUUUUACAAUAUCUGAAGUCUGCUUGCACCAGUUCCAGUACAUGGGGAAGCGAUACAUAGCCAGGAACCAGGAGGGGUUGGGACCCAUAGUUCAUGAUCGAAAGUCUCAGACAUUGCCUGUUUCCCGUAACAGAACAGGAAUGAUGCAUGCCAGAUUGCAGCAGCUGGGCAGCCUGGAUAACUCUCUCACUUUUAACCACAGCUAUGGCCACUCAGACGCUGACGUCCUUCACCAGUCCCUACUUGAAGCCAACAUUGCUACGGAGGUGUGCCUUACGGCUCUGGACACUCUGUCUCUGUUUACACUGGCGUUUAAGAACCAGCUCCUGGCCGACCACGGACAUAAUCCUCUCAUGAAAAAAGUUUUUGACGUCUACCUGUGUUUUCUUCAAAAACAUCAGUCUGAAACAGCUUUGAAAAAUGUCUUCACUGCCUUAAGGUCAUUCAUUUAUAAGUUUCCCUCGACGUUCUAUGAAGGGAGGGCCGACAUGUGUGCUGCUCUGUGCUACGAGAUCCUGAAAUGCUGCAACUCCAAGCUGAGCUCCAUCAGAACCGAGGCCUCCCAGCUGCUGUACUUCCUCAUGAGGAACAACUUCGACUACACUGGAAAGAAGUCCUUUGUCCGGACGCAUUUGCAAGUCAUUAUUUCUGUCAGCCAGCUGAUAGCAGACGUUGUUGGGAUUGGGGGAACCAGAUUCCAGCAGUCCUUGUCCAUCAUCAACAACUGUGCCAACAGUGACAGGCUCAUCAAGCACACCACCUUCUCCUCGGACGUGAAGGACUUGACCAAAAGGAUCCGCACAGUUCUCAUGGCCACCGCCCAAAUGAAGGAGCACGAGAAUGACCCGGAGAUGCUGGUAGACCUCCAGUACAGUCUGGCCAAGUCCUAUGCCAGCACUCCCGAGCUCAGGAAGACGUGGCUGGACAGCAUGGCCAGGAUCCACGUCAAAAAUGGGGAUCUCUCUGAGGCAGCGAUGUGUUAUGUCCAUGUCACAGCCCUGGUGGCAGAAUAUCUCACGCGGAAAGAAGCAGACAUAGCCCUCCGUCCGGAGCUGCCCCUCUUCCCCUACAGCCACAGCACCUGCCAGAGGAGGCGCCGGGGAGGCAUGUUUAGACAAGGAUGCACAGCUUUCAGGGUCAUUACCCCAAACAUAGAUGAGGAGGCCUCCAUGAUGGAAGAUGUCGGAAUGCAAGACGUCCAUUUCAACGAGGAUGUGCUCAUGGAGCUUCUAGAGCAGUGUGCAGAUGGACUCUGGAAGGCUGAACGCUAUGAGCUAAUCGCUGACAUCUAUAAACUCAUCAUCCCCAUUUAUGAGAAGCGGAGAGAUUUUGAGAGGCUAGCCCAUCUGUAUGAUACACUACACCGGGCCUACAGCAAAGUAACUGAGGUCAUGCACUCUGGCCGCAGGCUCCUGGGGACAUAUUUCCGAGUGGCCUUCUUUGGACAGCAAUACCAGUUUACAGACAGUGAAACAGAUGUGGAGGGAUUCUUUGAAGAUGAAGAUGGAAAAGAGUAUAUUUACAAAGAACCCAAACUCACGCCUCUGUCAGAAAUUUCCCAGAGACUCCUUAAACUUUACUCAGAUAAAUUUGGUUCUGAAAAUGUGAAAAUGAUACAGGAUUCUGGCAAGGUCAACCCUAAGGAUCUGGAUUCCAAGUAUGCAUACAUCCAGGUGACUCACGUGAUUCCGUUCUUCGAUGAAAAAGAAUUGCAAGAAAGGAAAACGGAAUUUGAGAGAUCUCAUAACAUUCGCCGCUUCAUGUUUGAGAUGCCCUUCACUCAGACCGGGAAAAGGCAGGGCGGGGUUGAGGAGCAGUGCAAACGGCGAACCAUAUUGACAGCAAUACACUGCUUCCCUUAUGUGAAGAAGCGGAUCCCCGUCAUGUACCAGCACCACACCGACCUGAACCCCAUCGAAGUAGCCAUUGACGAGAUGAGUAAGAAGGUGGCCGAGCUCCGGCAGCUGUGUUCCUCAGCCGAAGUAGACAUGAUCAAGCUGCAGCUCAAACUCCAGGGCAGCGUGAGCGUUCAGGUCAACGCAGGUCCACUAGCAUAUGCCCGAGCUUUCCUAGAUGACACAAACACAAAAAGAUACCCUGACAACAAAGUGAAGUUGCUUAAAGAAGUUUUCAGGCAAUUUGUGGAAGCUUGCGGUCAAGCCUUAGCGGUAAAUGAGCGGCUGAUCAAAGAGGACCAGCUAGAGUACCAGGAAGAAAUGAAGGCCAACUACAGGGAGAUGGCGAAAGAGCUUUCCGAGAUCAUGCACGAGCAGAUUUGCCCGCUGGAGGAGAAGACGAGCGUUUUACCGAAUUCCCUUCACAUCUUCAAUGCCAUCAGCGGGACUCCAACAAGCACCCUGGUUCACGGAAUGACCAGCUCGUCCUCAGUUGUGUGAUUUUGCCUCACGGACCGUAUGUGGGGCUUUGUCAUUUGCAAACUCAGGAUGAUUUCCAAAGUUAAUCACUGGGCUCGUGCAAGACACAGGGAGGACCGAGCACAAGAAGAAGUGAAGGGGAAUGGGAGAGAAAGGAACUCAAGAACGGUGUUAUUUCAUAGCCGAUUUUCUAGAAGAGUCAUAAGAGGGUACACAUAUUUUUUUAAAUCUUGCUGGCAAUAUUCGAACUUUUCAUUAUGUCUUAACGGGGGUGUGUGGCGAACUCUCUUAAGCUGGAGUGAGAUUUUAUUCUUCCUUACAGAGUAGUAUUAAAAUAAAUGGCCUAGAGAAAACACGUGUUCUGGAAUGUACAGAGCAGGGACAGUAGCACUGAAAUGGAGGCUGGAGUAACGUUUGCCUCUAGGCUAAGCUGGAAAACCUUGAAAAUAUUUUUUUUUUCCUGUGGCACAUUCAGGUUGAAUACAAGAACUAUUUUUGUGACUAGUUUUUGAUGACCUAAGGGAACUGAUCAUUGUAACUUUUGUACCAGUGAGCCAGAAGGUUGAGUGCUUUUAUACUCAUAUACUUGCAUCUAAAAAAUAGGAAAGCUUAAGAAACUAUGUGAGCUUAAAACUAGUCAAGCAGUUUAGAACCAAAGGCCUCUAUUAAUAAACAAAACUAUGCUAAAAAAUUUAAAAGUAGUACAGUAUAUUGUAAUGUACAUAUGAGUUUGUUAAUACAGUCUCCACACUCUGUACAUACAUGGAUUACAUUUCUACAUUUUUUAAUACUCCUCACAUCCGCUUCUGCAUUAAGUUUCGUUGUGACAAAUUGGUGCCGUUCUUAGUAUAUGCAAUACACUUGACUUUACUGUUUUAUCCUUGUACAUAAAAAAAGUGCAAUAUGGAGGUGUAUACAGUCUUUGCUCUGUUAGGUUUAUAAACUUUUAAAAAAUCUCAUCCUUUUGCCAAAGUGGUGGAGUAUGUAAUUGGUAAACCAUAAAUCCUGUGGUGAAUCGUGGUGUGAUUUAAAGCUUUCACCAUGUUAUAUUUUCUUUUGAGACAUUAAUUUAGUAAUUUUAUAUUUGGGAAAAUAAAGGUUUUUAAUUUUAUUUAACUAGAAUCUCUGCCCUGCUGUAAGUAAACAUUCUGUACCACAUCUGUAUUAAAAAUAACAUUGCUGA